AAAGGGCCCGCGUCGCCGUCGCGCAUCUGGCACAAGCUCUCAUAAACUAUCACCUCCAUAUACCUGCUUUCUCUCUCGACCGCCGACUCCCUGCACUUCCAUCACAAUGAGCGGCACUCGAGCACAGGUGGAGCGGGCUAUAAGCCAGAUCCAAGACAAGCAACCACUUCCAGAGAUCGACUUCACUCAGCAUCAUCUUGAGAAUGGCUUCACCAUUAGUACGCAGGAGCGGGUCGUGAAGGAGGUGCAGGCACCUGCAAUGUCCAUCCCAACAGACGCACAAUUCUUCUCGCGUGAAGAUCCGACGAAGCCUGAUGUCGCGUUCCUCAAGAAUCAUUUCUAUCGCGAAGGCCGAAUUUCGGAGGAGCAUGCCCUAUACAUUCUGGAGAAGGGAACAGAGUUGCUGCAUGCUGAGCCCAACUUGUUAUAUGUCGACGCCCCAGUGACUGUCUGCGGUGAUAUACAUGGGCAAUACUAUGACUUAAUGAAACUAUUCGAAAUUGGCGGCAGUCCAGCGAACACACGAUACCUCUUUCUCGGGGACUACGUCGACAGAGGAUACUUCAGCAUUGAGUGUGUACUAUACUUAUGGUCCCUCAAAAUAUGGUACCCAGAUACCCUUUUCCUCCUCCGCGGUAACCAUGAAUGUCGGCACUUGACCGACUACUUCACCUUCAAGCUUGAGUGCAAACGCAAGUACUCGGAGCGCCUGUACGAUGCUUGCAUGCAAUCGUUCUGCGCUCUGCCUCUCGCCGCCAUAAUGAACAAGCAGUUCUUCUGCAUUCAUGGCGGUCUGUCACCAGAGUUGCAGACUCUUGAUGACAUCCGCAAUAUCGACCGUUUCCGCGAGCCUCCUACGCAGGGUCUGAUGUGCGAUAUUCUAUGGUCUGAUCCUGUAGAAGACUUUGGGCAGGAGAAAACGAACGAUGGCUUCGUGCAUAACCAUGUACGAGGCUGUUCGUACUUCUUCACAUACCAAGCAGCUUGCCAAUUUCUUGAGCGGAACAAGCUGCUCUCCAUUAUUCGAGCUCAUGAAGCGCAGGAUGCUGGCUAUCGUAUGUAUCGAAAAACAAGAACCACUGGCUUCCCAUCCGUCAUGACGCUCUUCUCCGCCCCCAACUACCUCGACGUCUACAACAAUAAGGCUGCCAUUUUGAAGUAUGAGAGCAACGUGCUGAACAUCCGCCAAUUUAAUGCCACUCCCCAUCCGUAUUGGCUGCCGAAUUUCAUGGACGCAUUUACGUGGAGUCUACCCUUCGUUGGCGAGAAAAUCACGGACAUGUUACUUGCCAUGCUCAAUUGCUGCACAAAGGAGGAGCUUGAGGAGAGCUCGGAUGAUGAAGGCCUCUUGGUAUCGCCUACGAUGCCUGUUGCCGAGGUUCCUCAGCCGACAGCGGAGGACUCACAUGAGCGGCGGAAAGUCAUCAAAAACAAGAUUCUUGCUGUCGGACGGAUGGCAAGAGUCUUCGCUUUACUGCGCGAGGAGUCCGAGAGGGUUUCAGAACUUAAGAGUAUCACUGGCAACGGCAAGCUGCCAUACGGUACUUUGGCACUGGGUGCGGAAGGCAUUAAGGAUGCCAUUUCUGGCUUCGAGGACGCCCGGAAAUCUGAUAUUGAGAAUGAGCGUCUGCCUCCAGACCUGUAUGAUGCGGAGUCUGAGGAAGGCAGGGCGAUCCUCUCUUCAGGCCCGUCGACUCCAGAUGGUCACCCCGCGUCGCCACCGCCUGCGAACGGAGUGGCAGAGGCUCUCGAGCAGGUGAUCUCGAGCGGUACGGCAGGCACAGCUUCGCCCGUCAGUGGCCCGAGCGAGGAGACACCUCCAUCCCCGAUAUCCCCUGUGCCCUCGUCACCAGCGACGCCAUUCAGACGCGGCCAUGGCCGUCAAGCUAGUCUUGGUACGACCAUGACGAGCCCGAGUACCCGUCGGAGAAGUAUUGAGAGCACGAUGUCACUCAUCAAGGAGGUGACGGACUCCAACGUCCCGAUACAGGAUCCGGAGUUGAUCAAGCUGGCAGAAUCAAUUGCGGGAAAGACGACUGCGCGGAACGGCAAUGCCACGUCUCCGAGUUGAUCUGCAUCUGCCUGGAUGACCUGGAUGAGGGGUUGAUAGGAACCUGGUUUGGUUGUGUAUAUCGGGUGGACUCGUGUUCUUCAUACCUUGACGUUUCGUCCUUGUAAUUACUCGCAUUCCUGUAUAUCCACUAUUUUCAUGGAUCGUACCGGCCACAGUAGCGUUAUGCAAGCAUGAGGACGAAUUAAUGGGCAUUCGAAGUCGAUUAUGCG